CAACACGCUUCUCGCGCCAUACUCCUGUCUUUGAUUGAAAGGCGUGCUACUAAUCUCACUCGCCAAAAGCGGGGUUACGUCACUCGUCCUGACAAAUGCAACAGCCGAACAACACUGGAGUCAUCAACGACGCAGUAUCUCUCCCCACAGCACUUUUCUACACUCAGCAUAUAAUCACUUGGAUACAUGCACUUUAAGGGCUAGCAAUUGACACAGGACAGUAUAUACGAUAUGGCCACUACAUCUGCACACAAGAUCCAAGAUGAGAAGUUUAACAGCCUCGGCUUCUCAAAAGCAAUUGUCAACAAGGAGCAUGUGUGCUCCUAUAGUCGCGGCCUGGGUACCGUCUCUGACAAAAACCCGAUUCUCGUCCUGAUUCAUGGCUACCCGCAGAGCUCAUACAUGUGGCGUCAUUUCAUUCCACUACUACCCCAAGAUGCUCCUAUCUUCGCCCCAGAUCUACCAGGUUAUGGCGCCAGUGCUGCUAUUGAGAAGCAUGACAAAUUGACGGUUGGAAACGCCGUACUAUCUGCACUCCGGACAGAGGUCAAACGCACCUCUUCCAAACCUCCAGCUGGCGACAUUCCUAUUGUGUUAAUCGGCCACGACCGCGGCGCAAGAGUAUCACAUCGUCUCACCGUCAGCGGCGCAGAGGGCUUUGACAUCAAGGGUGUCUGCCUCAUCGACAUUGUCCCAACCUCCACGCAAUGGCAGAAUUUCUCUAGUCCAGUCAAAGCUGCUAAAGAUGUCACAGGCUACUUUCAUUGGCCAUUCCUCGCUCACGUAGACCUUGCAACGCGUAUGAUCACUGCCUUCGGCCGCGCAAAUUUCCUUGAGGAGAUGCUGAAGGGCUGGGCUGGAAAGAAUGAGAAGGGCCUACAAGUCUUUAGAGCGGACGACGCGCCCAAAGUCUACGCGGAGUUCUUCGCCCAGGAUCACGUGCUUAAGGCUACUUGUGAGGAUUAUCAGCAUGGUGCGACGACGGAUCUUGAGAAACAGGAAGAGGAUCAGAGCGAGGGGAGGAAGAUUGGGGUUCCGCUAUUCUUGCUUUAUAGUGAGACGUAUAUUGGCAGUCGCUACACAUUUCCGGAUGUAUGGAGGGAAUGGGUGAACGAGGGUGUGGAUGUCCAGCAUCAUGCAUUGGGUGAUGGCAUUGGGCAUUUCGGGGCAGAAGAGGCGCCCGAGGAAAGCGCGAGGGUCAUUGGGAAGUGGCUUGCGGGCCUUUGAGCCUGAACAGGGUAUUGCAGACGUUACUGACUA